GCUUGACAUUUUGCAGAAUGGUGCAGUCUUACGGCGGCACAGCGAACGAGCUGAGGCAGCGCAGUGUCGAUGCGUCUGCAAAGCCACUGACGACUACCAAUGAGGGUCGUAAAGUGGAUCAAUUGCUUGAUGAGCAUCAGACGUAUGAAUUCGGUGGACCUGCAGGAGUGACUGCCAUGAUGAUCGGCUUCCCCAUACUCAUGUAUUAUCUCUGGAUCUGCUUGUGGUUUUAUGACGGUAAACUUGUGUAUCCCACAUCCGUUCAGGACAUUGUUCCAUUCCUUGAGAACAUGUGGGCACACGUUCGCGACGAUGCAAGCCCCAAUGCUUAUGCGUGGAAAGUCUAUACUGGUCUCGUCGUCUACCAGCUGUUCCUCGCAUGGGUCAUGCCAGGCUACCAACAAGAAGGUCUUCCUGUACCCUCUCUCGGAUACAAGACCCUCACAUAUAACUGCAAUGCGCUCUACUCUCUCUACGCAACCAUGCUGACUGCUGCUGCUCUGCACUACUACCACAUUUUUCGUCUCACCGAAAUUAUCGAUCACUACGGCCAUAUUAUGUCCGUCGCCAUGAUUUACGGGUUUGUUGUGUCCUUUGGCAUGUAUUUCAUUACAGUCGCCACCGGAAACGAGAUGCGUAUGUCUGGGAGCUUCAUUUAUGAUGUCUUCAUGGGUGCUUGUUUGAACCCCCGUAUUGGCCCUGUUGACCUGAAGAUGUGGGCCGAGGUCCGGAUUCCCUGGGUCAUCGUUUUCUUCUUGGCCGUGUCCGGAGGUUGCCACCAGUAUGAACAAUAUGGAUAUGUCACCCCAAACAUGGCAUUCAUGAUCCUUGCAACGUGGCUCUACCUCAAUGCAUGCGCUAAGGGCGAAGAAUGCAUCCCUCAAACAUGGGACAUGUAUCACGAGAAAUGGGGUUUCAUGGUCAUCUUCUGGAACUUUGCUGGUGUUCCCUUCACCUACGUAUACUCUGUGGUAUACAUGGCAUCGCACGAUCCCUCCAACUACCAAUUCUCUACACCUACCUACGUCGUUCUUUUCACCACCCUGCUGACAGCAUACUACAUUUGGGACACUUCGAUGUCACAAAAGAGUCGCUUCAAAAUGCAAACACAAGGCAUCACGACCUUCCGCAACACAUUCCCUCAGCUUCCGGGAGGAACCCUCAAGAAGCCCGAGUUUAUCCAGACAGCGCAUGGGAACCGCCUUCUCAUAAGUGGCUGGUGGAGGUAUUCUCGCAAACCUAACUACGUCGCCGACUGGACUAUGAGCUUCUGCUGGGGCGCUGUCAUUGGGGGCGCAACCAUCAUCCCCUACUUCUACUCCGUUUUCUUCAUCACAGUGCUCAUCCACCGCUGCGGACGUGACUUCGAACGCUGCUCAAUCAAGUAUGGCAAAGACUGGGAGCAAUAUUGUUCCAUUGUAAAGUACAAGUUCAUCCCAGGAAUCUACUAAUCUAGCAAGCUUCGUAAAUCUAUACCCGUUUGGACAUAUCCUUCACAAUUUAUAUAGUGUCAUGAAUACCAUGAUGAAUCUUCUUGGAAGUGUUCGUCGUGAACGAACCAGAGUACAUUGUUGUCAUUUUUCAAUGAGAAUGAAAAUUAAGAUAUGCUAUACC